UCCGCGGCGGCAGGGGGCGGCGCGGGCGGGCGGCGCGGCCAUGGCGGCGGUGCGGGCGGCGCUGCUGGCGCCGCUGCUGGCGCUGUGCCGGGGGGUGCCGGGGCCGCCGCCCGCCGCCCGCGUGGACGUGGCCGUGGCCGGGGCCGGGGGGCGGCGCGGCGGCUCGUACACGCUGCGCGGCGCCGUGCUGGGAGGCCGGGCCGGGCCGGGCCGCGGGGCCCCGCGCGAGGAGGGCAUCCGGGGCAGCCUGGUGCUGGUGGGCGAUGGGACGCCCGAGCUGGGCGAGGAGGCCAGCUGGAUCGGCGUGGUGCCUGUGGGCGAGGAGCAGGCCGAGGCACCGCAGGGCGCCGGGGAGGAGUCCUUCACCGCCGCCGUGGUCAGCAAGAUGAAGCGAGCCCUGGUGCUGGGGGCAUCAGCACUGCUCAUCCUGGCACUGAACCAGAACGCGAUCCGAGAGCUGGACGUGUCGCAGCUCCUCGCCAAGCCCGUGAUCGUGAUCCAGUCCUCGGACAACGUCACCAAGCUGCUGGGAGCGCUGCUGCAGGGGCUCCGGGCUACAGCAAAGAUCACGUACCAGGCCGUGCUGCUGGAGAACCUGGGAGUGACUCUCACCCUGUGGUCAACCUGUGGUCUCUCCCGAGGGGGCCUCUACGGAGAGUGGCAGGGAGUCAUCUGCACGGGAGAGAACAGCUCCCAGGUCCAGAAGUACCUCCAGCAGCUCUGGAACACCAUCCUGCUCAUCGCCCUGCUCCUCUGCACGGGGGUGAUCGUGCAGGCCCAGCGGCAGUCUCGGCAAGGCCUGUUGGAGCAGGAUACUGAGCUGGACCUGAAGCAGCACAUUCUGCGGCGGCUCUCGGCCCUGAAAACCCGGCGGUACCAUCCCGGCAAGCCACUCCAGAACCAGGCCUGCGAGAUGGAUAGCUGUGCCGUGUGCUUGGACCAGUUCCACAAGAGCCAGUGGCUGCGGGUGCUGCCGUGUUCCCACGAGUUUCACCGGGACUGUGUGGACCCCUGGCUUCUCCUGCAGCAGACCUGCCCUCUCUGCAAGCACAACAUCCUGGGGAACUGCUGCAGAGAGAGCUAGCCGGCCUGAUGGAUGCGCUCCAGGGACGGAUCCACCGCCGCUCCAGGGACGGAUCCACCACCGCUCUGGGAAGAGCCAGGGAGAGGGAGGAGGGGCAGGGACAGGCAUGUGCUCAGUGCUGGAGCAGGGCCGGCACAGUGAGCUGAGCUGGGGCUGGGGAGGUGGGGGAGACCCUGCCCUUAGGCUCAGCUUAGCAUGGGCUGGCCAUUAGGAGAGUGAAGGAUCCCGGAGCUCUCCCCACUUGGGAUGAGUAGAGUGGGUGGGGGGAUGCGUUUGGGCAGCCUGAACGCCUGGUGCUGGGGGUUAGGGGCAAUGGGUGUGGGGAAAUGAAGCUGCGGGGGCACCUAGUGGGUGUAGGGGGCCAGGGAUGCUGGGGCUGUAGGCAGGGUCUGAAGGCCCUAAAUGGGAGAGCCCUGGCCUGGCUGCUCCCUCUCCCCACUUGCAGUAAUCUUUCUCCUUUUCUAAGUCUUUUUUGUAUUAGCCCAGGGCUGCAGCGAGGGGGUGCUGGCAGCUAGCCGUUCCCUGGCAGUCAGGGCCGUCCCGGGGCUGUGCUGCGCCCGAGCUCAGCAGGGCGCCCGCUCUGCGCCCAAGGAACGUUGGGUGGCAGGUCUGUCAGAGCCAAGGUGGGGGGGGACAGAGCUGGCAGGGCUGCUGGGCGCCCCGCUGCUCAUGGUGGGAGGGCAGGGGGGGUCAAACACUUCCUUUAUUUAUCCUAACUUAUUAGAGAGGACAGCACGAAUUAGUGCAGAGAACGCAGAGCCACGGGGGUGCUGCCAUGUCCAGGAACUCACCGCGAGCCCUGGAUGGCUCCUGGUUCCCGGUGGCAGCCAGAGGCUGCUGGACUGAGGCAUCGUAUGUGUCCAAAGCCACCCGUUGCUAUUAAAUUCAGAGUAAGGAGCA